CAGUAUAAAGCAGGGCACAUCUCAGCAGACUGUCAUUUCGUUGUGGCCGUCCUGAGGUCAGUGGACAGCUUCCCUCCUUCGUUUGGAGCCGUCUAUCUCACCUUGCGCCCGGGUUCUGAAGCCGACGAGGAGGUGCCACCAUGCCGCGCUUUGACUUGAAGGAGUUCGGCGAUGCUGCUGUGUUUUUACGCAAAUCUGAAAUGGAGCAGCUGGCGAUGCAGACCAUCCCUUUUGACGGUAAGAAGCGAGCCUGGAUCCCUGAUGAAAAAGAGGCCUACGUUGAGGUUGAGAUCAAGGAGUUAAAAGGUGACAAAGUCAUUGUUGAGACCAAAGAUGGAACAACCACGACUGUGAAGGAUAGUGACAUCCAGCAGAUGAACCCUCCUAAGUUUGACAGGAACGAGGACAUGGCCAUGCUGACGCACCUCAACGAGGCCUCUGUGCUGUUCAACCUGCGCAGCCGGUACUCUUCCUGGAUGAUCUAUACCUACUCCGGCCUCUUCUGUGUGACAGUGAAUCCAUACAAAUGGCUGCCAGUCUACACACCCAAAGUGGUGGCUGCUUACAAAGGCAAGCGCCGCUCUGAGGCGCCACCGCACAUCUACUCCAUCGCAGACAAUGCCUACAAUGACAUGCUGCGCAAUCGAGAGAACCAGUCCAUGCUAAUCACCGGAGAAUCCGGUGCUGGCAAAACUGUCAACACGAAACGUGUCAUUCAGUAUUUUGCCAUUGUGGCAGCUCUUGGGGAAACAGCUGCCAAAAAAGGACAGCACAGUCCUUCCACUAAAACAGGGGGGAAUCUGGAGGAUCAAAUCAUCGAGGCCAACCCUGCCAUGGAGGCGUUUGGUAACGCCAAAACGCUGAGGAACGACAACUCAUCCCGUUUUGGCAAGUUCAUCAGGAUCCACUUCGGACCUACAGGGAAAUUGGCCUCAGCUGAUAUUGACCUGUAUCUUCUGGAAAAAUCCAGAGUGAUAUUUCAGCAGCCUGGUGAGAGGAGCUACCACAUCUAUUACCAGAUCAUGUCCCAGAAGAAACCAGAGCUGUUGGACAUGCUGCUGGUGACCUCCAACCCGUACGACUACCACGUCUGCUCGCAGGGCUGCACCACCGUGGAGAACCUGGAUGACGGACAGGAGCUGAUGGCCACUGAUGUAAGAACCUCUAUCUUUUCCACAAGGAGAGAAAAUCAGCUGCAUCAGAGCACAGAGCCUAACUUCUCCUUUCUCUCUCUGCAGCACGCCAUGGACAUCCUCGGCUUCCUGUCCGAUGAGAAGUACGGCUGCUAUAAAAUAGUCGGAGCCAUCAUGCACUUUGGCAACAUGAAAUUCAAGCUAAAGCAGCGCGAGGAGCAGGCGGAGAUCGACGGCACUGAGAGUGCGGACAAAGCCUCGUACCUGAUGGGAGUCAGUUCAGCUGACCUCAUCAAGGGCCUCCUCCACCCGAGGGUGAAGGUGGGGAACGAGUGGGUGGUGAAGGGGCAGAACGUCGAACAGGUUAACUACUCCGUCGGUGCUCUGGCCAAAGCGACAUAUGACCGCAUGUUCAAAUGGCUCGUGGGACGCAUCAACCGGACGCUCUACACAUCCCUGCCUCGCCAGUACUUCAUAGGAGUCCUGGACAUCGCUGGAUUUGAGAUCUUUGAACUCAAUAGCUUCGAGCAGCUGUGCAUCAACUUCACAAAUGAGAAGCUGCAACAGUUUUUCAACCACCACAUGUUCAUCCUGGAGCAGGAGGAGUACAAGCGUGAGGGCAUUGAAUGGACCUUCAUCGACUUUGGGUUGGACCUUCAGGCCUGCAUUGAUCUCAUUGAAAAGCCUCUGGGCAUCAUGUCCAUCCUUGAAGAGGAGUGCAUGUUCCCUAAAGCCUCGGACAGCAGCUUUAAAGCCAAGAUGUAUGACAAUCAUAUCGGCAAGUCGCCUAAUUUCCAAAAGCCACGGCCAGACAAGAAGCGCAAGUACGAGGCCCACUUUGAGCUGGUGCACUAUGCGGGUGUGGUACCGUAUAACAUCCUCGGCUGGCUGGAAAAAAACAAAGACCCACUAAACGAGACGGUGGUGGCGUGUUUCCGAAAGUCUUCCAACAAGCUGCUGGCGAGUCUCUAUGAGAACUACAUUGCAUCAGACUCAACGUCCGAACCGAGGACUGGCGGCAAGGAAAAGCGGAAGAAGGCGGCCUCCUUCCAGACGGUGUCUCAGCUUCACAAGGAAAACCUGAACAAGCUGAUGACCAACCUGCGCAGCACGCAGCCCCACUUUGUUCGCUGCAUCAUCCCUAAUGAGACCAAAACUCCAGGGAUCAUGGAUCCAUUCAUGGUGCUGCACCAGCUUCGCUGUAACGGCGUGCUGGAAGGCAUCAGGAUCUGCAGGAAGGGCUUUCCAAACCGCCUCCUCUAUGCUGAGUUCAAACAGCGCUAUCGCAUCCUGAAUCCACAAGCCAUCCCAGAUGAUACGUUUGUUGACAGCAGGAAAGCUGCGGAGAAGCUGCUGGGCUCCCUGGAUAUCGACCACAGCCAGUACAAGUUUGGACACACAAAGGUGUUCUUCAAGGCUGGUCUGCUGGGUCACCUGGAGGAGCUGAGGGACCAGCGUUUGUCCAAAGUCCUGACGCUGAUGCAGGCAUCUGCUCGAGGCAAGAUCAUGAGGAGGGCGCUGGAGAGAAUGAAGGGAAAGAGUGAAGCACUGAUGAUCAUCCAGUGGAACAUCCGGGCCUUUAACGCUGUCAAGCACUGGCCCUGGAUGAAGCUCUUCUUCAAAAUAAAGCCUCUGCUGAAGAGCGCCGCCACCGAAAAAGAGCUGGCUGCUCUGAAGGAGGAGCUGGCCAAGCUGAAAGAGGCUCUGGAGAAAUCCGAGGUCAAGCGUAUAGAGCUGGAGGAGAGGCAUGUCAGCCUGACCCAAGAGAAGAAGGACCUCUCUCUACAGCUGCAGGCAGAGCAGGACAAUCUGGUUGAUGCUGAGGACCGCUGUGAACUGCUCAUCAAAACUAAGAUCCAGCUGGAGGCCAAAUUGAAAGAAAUCAUUGAGCGGCUGGAGGAUGAGGAGGAGAUGAGCUCUAAUGUGCUCGCGAAGAAGCGCAAGCUGGAGGACGAGUGCGCCGAACUUAAGAAAGACAUUGACGAUCUGGAGGUCACUCUUGCUAAAGUGGAAAAGGAGAAACAUGCCACUGAGAACAAGGUGAAGAACCUGAUUGAGGAAAUGUCCGUUCUGGACGAAACCAUCCUGAAGCUGACCAAAGAGAAGAAGGCUCUGCAGGAGGCCCAUCAGCAGACUCUGGACGACCUGCAGGCAGAGGAAGACAAAGUCAACUCUCUGACCAAAGCCAAGGCAAAGCUGGAGCAACAAGUGGAUGAUCUGGAGGGCUCCCUGGAACAAGAGAAGAAACUGCGUAUGGACCUGGAACGGAUCAGACGCAAGCUGGAGGGGGAUCUGAAACUCUCCAUGGAGACUUUUAUGGAUAUGGAGAACGACAAACAGCAAAUCGAAGAGAGGCUGAAAAAGAAAGAGUUUGAAAUGAAUGCAGUGAGCACCAGGGUUGAGGAUGAGCAGGCUCUGGUCAAUCAGCUCCAGAAGAAGAUUAAAGAGUUACAGGCUCGUUCAGAGGAGCUGGAGGAGGAGCUGGAGGCUGACCGGGCCUGCAGGGCCAAAGUGGAGAAGCAGCGUGGUGAUGUGGCUCGUGAGCUUGAGGAGCUGAGCGAGCGCCUCGAGGAGGCUGGUGGGACCACCUCAGCUCAGAUGGAGAUUAACAAGAAAAGAGAGACGGAUUAUCUGAAGCUGCGGCGAGACCUGGAGGAGUCCAUGCUUCACCACGAGACCACGACGGCCGCCCUGCGGAAGAAGCAUGCCGACGGCGUGGCCGAGCUGAGUGAGCAGAUCGACAGCCUGCAGCGAGUCAAACAGAAGCUGGAGAAGGAGAGGGCAGAGGCUAAGAUGGAGGCAGACGAUCUGGCCUCCACUGUGGAGCAUCUUUCCAAGGGCAAGGCCACUUCCGAGAAGAUGUGUCGCCUGUAUGAAGACCAAAUGAACGAGUCUAAAGCUAAGGUUGAAGAGCUCCAGAGGCAGCUCAACGACACCAGCACCCAAAGGGCCCGUGCUCAGGCUGAGAGUGCCGAGCUGGGAAGGAAGCUGGAGGAGCGAGAGUCCAUGGUGUCUCAGCUCCAGAGGGCCAAGAACACAUUCAGCCAGAACGUGGAGGAGCUUAAGAAGCAGCUCGAGGAGGAAAAUAAGGCUAAGAACUCCCUGGCCCACGCGCUGCAGUCAACGCGCCAUGACUGCGAUCUCCUGCGGGAGCAGUAUGACGAGGAGCUGGAGGCCAAGGCUGAGCUGCAGAGAGCUCUGUCCAAGGCCAACGUCGACGUGGCUCAGUGGAGGACCAAGUAUGAAACUGAUGCCAUCCAGAGAACUGAGGAGCUGGAGGAGGCCAAGAAGAAGCUGGUGAUACGUCUGCAGGAGGCUGAGGAGGCGGUGGAGGCAUCUAAUGCCAAGUGCUCCUCCCUGGAGAAAACCAAACAUCGGCUCCAGACAGAGAUCGAGGACCUGAUCAUUGACCUGGAGCGAGCUAAUUCUGCAGCUGCUGCGCUCGACAAAAAGCAACGCAACUUUGACAAGGUGCUGGUUGAGUGGAAACAGAAGUAUGAGGAGUGCCAGUCGGAGCUGGAGACCUCUCAGAAGGAGUCUCGUGGCCUGAGUACAGAGCUCUUCAAACUGAAGAACUCUUAUGAGGAGAGUCUGGAUCAUCUGGAGACCAUCAAGAGGGAGAACAAGAACCUACAAGAGGAGAUUGCUGACCUUACUGAUCAAAUCAGUCAGGGAAUCAAGAACAUCAAUGAGCUGGAGAAGAUGAAGAAGAGUCUGGACGUGGAGAAAAGCGAGAUCCAAGCUGCGCUGGAGGAAGCUGAAGGCACUCUGGAGCAUGAAGAGAGCAAAACUCUCAGGAUCCAGCUGGAGUUAAACCAGAUUAAGGUCGAUGUUGACAGGAAGCUGGCCGAGAAGGACGAGGAACUUGACAGCCUCCGUCGUAACCACCAGAGAAACCUGGACUCCAUGCAGGCCACCCUGGAUGCCGAGUCUAAGUCUCGUAACGAGGCAGUGCGUCUGAGGAAGAAGAUGGAGGGUGACCUGAAUGAGAUGGAGGUGCAGCUGAGCCACGCCAACCGGCAGGCCUCGGAGUCCCAGAAACUCCUGAGGAGCCUGCAGGUUCAGAUCAAAGACAUUCAGAUGGAGUUAGAUGACACCAUUCACAAGAAUGAGGAGCUGAAGGAGCAGGUGGCAGUGACCGAGCGGCGAAACAACCUGCUGGCUGCCGAGGUGGAGGAGCUCAGGGCUCUGCUGGAGCAAAACGACCGUGCACGCAAGCUGGCUGAGCAUGAGCUGCUGGAGGCCACCGAGAGAGUCAACCUGUUGCACUCUCAGAACACUGGGCUGAUCAACCAGAAGAAGAAGCUGGAGAGUGAUCUGUCCAUUCUGUCGAAUGAGGUUGACGAUGCUGUUCAGGAAUGCCGCAACGCAGACGAGAAGGCCAAAAAGGCCAUCACUGACGCAGCCAUGAUGGCAGAAGAGCUGAAGAAGGAGCAGGACACCAGCUCCCACCUGGAGAGGAUGAAGAAGAACAUGGAGCAAACCGUAAAGGACCUGCAGAUGCGUCUUGACGAGGCCGAGCAGAUCGCUCUCAAGGGAGGCAAGAAGCAGGUUCAGAAGCUGGAGGCCAGGGUCAAAGAACUGCAGAACGAACUAGACUCUGAGCAAAAGAAGAGCCAAGAGUAUCAGAAGGGAGUACGCAAGUAUGAGAGGAGAGUCAAAGAGCUGACCUAUCAGGCUGAGGAAGACAAGAAGAACCUGUUGCGUUUGCAGGACCUCAUCGACAAGCUGCAGAUCAAAUUGAAGAGUUACAAGAGGCAGGCUGAGGAAGCAGAGGAGCAGGCAAACACCAACUUGUCCAAGUACAGGAAGCUGCAGCAUGAGGUCGAGGACGCAGAGGAGAGGGCUGACAUGGCCGAGACGCAGGUCAACAAGCUGCGUGUCCGCACCCGUGACCAAGGCGGCAAGCUCGCUGAGUAAUGCCAUGAGGAUGCAAGCGAACAAGUCAGCCACCUGCAACAGAUGUGCUCAGCUCUUUGAACGCCCAAAUAAAGACAUUUAAAUAUUU